AUGAGUGCGCAGGCCGAGGAUAGCACGGAGGAAGUCGCCACGGCGGAUGACGACAUGCAUGUCGCUGACUCGCCUGAUGCAGAUGAGCAGGAGGAGGAGGACGCCACUCCCCUUGAGCAAGAGUUCAACCCAUUCUACUUCAUGAAGACUCUGCCAAAGUACGAGGACAUUGUCGAGGGCAAGCGGCCCAUUUCACUGCCAGAGAAGUCACGCAACGCGCCCAAGAUCUGCUUGGUGCUGGACUUGGACGAGACCCUCGUGCACUGCAGCGUGGACGAAGUGAAGAACCCGCACAUGCAGUUCCCGGUCACAUUUAACGGCGUUGAGUACACAGUCAAUGUGAAGAAGCGCCCGCACUUGGAGUACUUCCUCAAGCGGGUGUCUAAGCUCUUCGAGAUCGUGGUCUUUACAGCCUCCCACAAGGUGUACGCGGAGAAGCUCAUGAACAUGCUGGACCCCAACCGCAACUUCAUCAAGUACCGACUGUAUCGAGAAGACUGCUUGGAUGUCUUCGGCAACUACCUGAAGGACCUGAAUGUGCUCGGACGCGAUCUGUCGAAGGUGGUGCUGGUGGACAACUCCCCGCACGCCUUUGGCUACCAGGUGAACAACGGCAUCCCCAUCGAGACGUGGUACGACGACGAAGCGGACGCCGAGCUGCUGAACCUGCUGCCAUUCCUAGAGAGCCUCGUAGACGUCGACGAUGUGCGGCCCAUCGUGGAGAAGCAGUUCCAGAUCCAGAAGCUGAUCGACGCCACCAGCUCAACCGAGUAG